UGCGAUACUUUAUGUUGAUUGUAUUUACGAAAGACGCGCCAUAGAAUCAGCCAAUCAGCGAUGAGAAUGCUGAGCCUUUUUGUAAUUGGUCCAAUCAGUAGGCAGUGACUGGCUUCUGUUCCCGGUGUUCCUCUAAAAUAAGUCCUACUCCGCCUCCCCGGGUGAAGGUUCAUUGCGGUGACUGGGUUACCUUGUCCGCAACUUUCCACCUUUUCGCUCAACAUGUCUGGUCGGGUUCUCGUUGGAGUCAAGCGUGUCAUUGACUACGCUGUUAAGAUCCGUGUGAAGCCAGACAACACUGGCGUGGUGACCGAUGGCGUCAAGCACUCCAUGAACCCAUUCUGCGAGAUCGCUGUGGAGGAGGCAGUCAAGCUGAAGGAGAAGAAGCUCAUCAAAGAGGUGGUGGCUGUGAGCUGUGGUCCGCAGCAGGCGCAGGAGACCAUCCGCACCGCCCUGGCCAUGGGAGCUGACCGCGGCAUCCAUGUGGAAGUGUCUGGAAAGGACUAUGACAACCUGGGACCCCUGCAAGUGUCCAAGAUCCUGGCUGCUUUGGCAAAGAAGGAGGAGGCUCAGCUUGUGAUCCUUGGCAAACAGGCCAUAGACGACGACUGCAACCAGACAGGACAAAUGACUGCUGCCUUACUGGACUGGCCUCAGGGCACCUUUGCCUCGGAGGUCCUGCUGGAAGGCGACAAGAUGAAAGUGGUGCGAGAGAUCGAUGGCGGCCUGGAGACCAUCAAGAUCAACACACCCGCAGUGGUGACGGCGGACCUCAGGCUCAACACGCCACGAUAUGCCACCCUGCCUAAUAUCAUGAAAGCUAAGAAGAAGAAAAUAGCCAACGUGAAACCAGCCGACCUGGGCGUGGACCUGACUCCGCGACUGGAGGUGCUGAGAGUGGACGAGCCCCCGCAGAGGCAGGCCGGGAUCAAAGUGGAGACCGUGGAUGAUCUGGUGGGCAAACUGAAGGAGACGGGCAGGAUAUAAAAAGCAGGAGAGCAUCAAAACUACACAAAGCGACGGGAGAGGACGAGGACUGAGAAACACUGUCCUGCUGCACAGCAACAACAACAAUAAAGGUCUUUUUUCAUGAUUGCAGCUAGCGGGUAUGUAUCAUAACCUGGUAAUCCACCAAUUCUUCUAGGGGCUCGUAGCUGCUGAUGCGUGGAUAUGAUGUAAAUGUACAAACUAAGGUGGCCAUGAUGGGGCUGGUAGUUUUCUCUGUAUGCAAAAGAAAAUAUUAACCACAAGCGCCUCCUUUCUGUCUACAUAUAAAUAAAGCCAUCAUGACUCA